AUGGGCAGAAGUAAAUUAUCAUCUAGAAGAAAUGCUAAGGGUAAAAGGAAAAGAAGACCAUCGACAGACGAAGAUAGAUAUUAUGAAUCAUCUACAUCAUCUACUACAACUAUUUGUGUUAGAAAUAUGCCACCUUCAUUUUUUCGACAUGAU